GUAAAAGGAUAAUCAAUUAAACUGACAAGGGAGCUAGCCCAUUGCCAGCUGGCCUCAGUAGUUUCACGCUGCUGCGGCGCAACCCCUUGCUCCACCCCCAACUUCGCAAGGCUCAACGCCUUCGGGGAAAAAAAAUAAGGGAAAAAAGAGAAAACGAACUUUCCUGGUACGAGACCGGGCAUGCAACCAUGAGGUUCUCAGCUCUCUCAAUUGGCCUCUUGGCCCUCCUGACGCCUCUUACCUCUGCGUGGUCAAAAGAAGAUAGUGAGAUUUUCCGCCUGCGCGACGAGGUCGCCACGCAUGAAGGGCCCGAUGUCACGUUCUACGACUUCCUAGGCGUCCCGCCGAGCGCCAGCCAAGACGACAUCAGCAAGGCCUACCGCAAGAAGUCGCGGUCGCUGCACCCGGACAAGGUCAGACAGCAGCUGGCGGCAGAGCGCACACGGGCGUCCAAGGCCAAGGCCCGGGAGAAGGCCAAGAAGGACCCCAAGAAGGGCUCCAACGUCGUCAAGCAGCCGUCCUCCUCGGAGCUCAAGGCCGCCAUCAAGGUCGCCUCGGACCGCCAGGCGCGGCUGUCCAUCGUCACCAACAUCCUCCGCGGGUCCGGCCGCGCCCGCUAUGACCACUUCCUCGCCAAUGGCUUCCCGGCCUGGAAGGGCACGGGCUACUACUACAACCGCUACCGCCCGGGCCUCGGCACCGUCAUGGCUGGCGUCUUCCUGUUCGCCGGCGGCGCCGCCCACUACCUGGCUCUGUACAUGGGCUGGAAGCGCCAGCGCGAGUUCGUCGAGCGCUACAUCCGCUUCGCCCGGCACGCCGCCUGGGGCGAGAACCUGGGCAUCAAUAUCCCGGGGGUAGACGACCAACCCGGCGCCGCGGCCGCCCCUCCGCCUCCCCCGCCCCCCGUUUACGAGGACGAGAACGGCCGCGCCAUCGCCGUCAACCGCAAGAUGCGCAGGCUACAGGAGCGCGACGCCAAGAGGGAGGCCGCCAAGGACGCGCAGGGGUCCGGCGGCCGGCGCGGCAAGAAGGGCGGCGCCGGUGCGUCGCCGUCGGGUCGCGGGUCCGGCUCGGCCACUCCCCAGACCCUGCCGCAGCAGGGGGCCGGGCCGACGGGCGCCAAGAAGCGCGUCGUCGCCGAGAACGGAAAGGUGCUGGUCGUCGACUCGCUCGGCGACGUGUACCUCGAGCAGGAGGACGAGGACGGCAGAGUGGGCGAGUUCCUUCUUGACCCCGACCAACUCGCCCGCCCGACAAUCAGCGACACAGCCCUCGUCCGCCUGCCCAUCUGGGCCUACCGCCUGACCGUCGGCCGCCUCUUCCCCAAGCGCGACGGCGGCGACGAGGCCGAUGGCGACGACAAUGACAAUCGCAAUAGCGGUGACGAGUCCCGGAGGCAGGUUCCGGACGAGAACGACGACGACGAGGAGGACGAUGGCGCCUCCUCCGAGCCGGGCAAGCACACGCCGAGCACGGGCUCGACGGAGGAUUUCGAGCUGUUGGAGAAGUCGGUCGGCGACCUGGCCGAGGACAAGGCCAAGGCGACGGGCGCCAGCCAGAAGCAGGGCAAGGCGGGGAAGCGGAAGGCGAAGAAGAGGUGAAGAUCCUUUUUUUGAAGCGAUGGAGCGGCGGGAUAUCUCAGUGUUCCGAGUAUUUCAUGGGCGGAGUGGCUGGGCUUAAAGUAGUAGACAAAACAUCCUUAUGCGGGAGGUAUUCAAAGUGUCUGGAGGACGGGGUAUAUAUUAUAUAUGUGUUUAUCAUAAAGAGGUCACUCAUCGCAAAUCACGCUUCGUCUUAUUCAAGGCACAGCUUGCUGUUUGAGCCAAAGUGUUGGUAUUGCUGAGGGGUCUGACUAUCAGGCAGCGUUUGAGAGUACGCUGCUUAGGUGUAUGGGUCGCCAUGGCGGCCCACUCCACAAG